CCAGGUUCUCUUAAAACAAAAGCGUAAACCGAACUGCUAUGUAAAAAUCUAUAGCUCCGGAAAGGUUUACAUCGUCGGUUGCAAGAGUGAGGCAGACUGCAUGACUGCUGCUCGGACAAUUGCUAGACGUGUACAGAAAACCAUGAACAAAGAAAAUGAUGUAGUCAGAAUAAGGAACUAUAAGGUCUGCAACGUCUUGGCGACGUGUAGGAUGCCAUUUGGAAUCAAGAUUGAAGAACUUGCCCAACAAUAUCCAGCUCAAUCUCAAUAUGAACCAGAAUUGUCCGUUGGUCUGGUAUGGCGAUCGCAGGAUCCGAAGGCAACGCUACGGAUUCACACAACUGGAAGUAUCACGGUAACAGGAGCUUCAUCAGAAAGCGACGUAAUGCGUUCGAUAGAGAUGAUGUAUCCAAUUGUGCGAAAGUUCCGCUGUGCUAUGCGCCACAGGACUGAACCGAAGCGAAAUCGCCCUCCAAGAAAACGUGCAGCACCAUCUUCUAUGGGAGGACCAUCAGCAAAACGUCCAAUGGGAGCAGCGCUUUCCGGUUCCGGUCUCAUAGGAAACAAAGUUUACUUCAGCGAUGAGGAUGAUAUUUAUGAUGAGGACGAUCUGCUUGAUGACGAUGAUUUAUGA